AGCAACAGUUACUCUCGUGUGUGUGCUCUCAGUUGCAAUAGAAAACGCAAUAGAAUAACAAGACAAGCUACAACAACAGUAUUAAAAGACUUGCUAAAAUGGUGAAAAGUGUCUGCGAAAUGGAAUUCAAAAGUAAUUUCUCCAUCGAUGCCAUAUUGGCUAAGAAACCAACAGCUCCAGUGAUCAAACAUGAGGCAAUGCCACAUCAUCCACAUCAACCACAUCCCUAUCAUCCAUAUGCCAACUCCGAUGGCGAGCUGUCGGCAUCUGAAGAUUUCGAUAGUCCCUCCCGCACCAGCACCCCGAUGAGCAGUGCCGCCGAAUCGCUAUCAUCACAGCACAAUGAUAAGCUCGAUGUGGAGGAAUUCGAUGAUGAGGACAUCGAAUUGGAUGAGGAGGACAGUGAUGGCAGCGAGCAUGCCAGCAAUCCCAGCAAGAAACAAAAACUGAGUGCCAGCAGCAAUGACAACAAGAAGCCGCCCUACAGCUACAACGCCCUCAUCAUGAUGGCCAUCCAGGACAGUUCCGAACAGCGAUUGACCCUAAACGGCAUCUAUCAGUAUCUGAUCAAUCGAUUCCCCUACUUCAAGGCCAACAAGCGUGGCUGGCAAAACUCCAUUCGUCACAAUCUCAGCCUGAACAAAUGCUUCACAAAGAUUCCGCGCAGCUACGAUGAUCCCGGCAAGGGCAACUACUGGAUCUUGGACCCCUCUGCCGAGGAGGUCUUCAUUGGCGAGACCACGGGCAAGUUGCGCCGCAAGAAUCCUGGCGCCAGUCGCACCCGCCUUGCCGCCUAUCGUCAGGCCAUCUUCUCGCCCAUGUUGGGUGGUUAUGGUGCUCCGUCUGCUGGUUAUGGCUAUCCUGGUAUGCCCUUUGCUGGUGCCGCUGCUGCCGCCGCCGCUGCCGCUUUGUAUCAACGCAUGAAUCCCGCUGCCUAUCAAGCGGCUGCUGCUGCUGCGGCGGCCGCUGCUGCCGCUGGCUAUGGACAACAUCAGCUGCAGUAUCAGCCAGCAGCAGCGCCACAUCCACCACCGCCAGCUGCGGCACAUCCCCAGCUGCAGGGUUAUCCUGGUGCGCACAUGAAUGCGGAAAUCUUCCAGCGCAUGCAGUUCUUUGGCAAGUUUCCGGCCAGCUAAGCACACGUUCAAUUGCCACGCCCAGCGUUUUGGUUUAAUGGCACAAGGCCCGUCGCCAGCGGCAGCGUCAGUCAGUCGGUCAGUCAGUCAUUCAGUCAGUCAGUUAGUCAGUUGCAGGACAAACCCUUUGACGUCUAAAUGUUGCAUUUAGCAAAAUACAGAUGAUUUCAUUUGUGGCCGCCGCCGGCCUGGACAGCCGGCCAGCUUUUGGAGGAGGAGCAGCGCACCCCACCACCCCCCACCCACACGGCUACAGCACCAGUUAUGACGCCACGCCCACAGAUUGGCAGCAUUUUUAGAAAUAUUAAAUAAUUAUCACAAACAAAAAAACAUUAAAUAAAACACAUUUUAAAUGAAA